GGGUGGGGGGGUGUUAGUUGAAGUGAAAUCAGAGCAGUAAUGAAGGAGGGGAUGUUUCCGCGCUCAGAGCGGUGCCCUAUUUCCAGCCUCCUCGGUCUACCUGCGCCCCAGGGGCCCCUCCCCCCCCCCCACCACUCCGCUCCUCGGAGUUUCUGUUGCUCUCGUUGCAGUAGGAGGGUCCAUGUGCACAAUGACGUCGCUCUGAUUGCAAGUCCGACCGACUCCUGCGUUUGUUUUUUAUAACUCCUCUUUUCUUUUUUCUUUUUCUUUUUUUUAAAUAAACGCAGGCCCCCCAGAUUCUUUAAUCUGUGAAAUUACAGUCAUAAUGUGAGAUUACGCUCCGCUGUUACCCGACCCGUCGCUGAGGCUCGUCCAGUCAGGAGCAGCGGCUCGCUGUUGGAGGAUUACCAGAGAUAAUACGCAGCAGACUCCUCCGGUGCGCGUUUAGCUGUCAAACUGACAGCGAUGUGUCAGGAGGAGUAGUUAGAGCGCCUCGGUUUGGGUUUAUUCACUUUGCUGCGCGCGUCCUUUCUCCGCUGCCUUCUGGAUUAUCGCUGCCCAGCAACAACACAGCCACCUGACAACUCUGAAUGUCGUAAUUAAGGUGAAUCGAUGAGCCAGAAAUGGAGACCAAAGGAUACAAAAGUUUCUUUGAGGGGAACGACUCGGAGAACAAAUGGUCUCAAGCCCCCAGCACAAUGGAGUACUCCUGCAGCACUGAGGACUCCAGCCUGACUAGCAGCGACAUCCUAAUGGACGUGGUCAAUGUCAGCUGCUCUGCUGGAAGCCUGGCAGCAGACAGCAAAGACAAUAAUGCUGAGAAGCAGGAGCAGCCAGCGCUUCAGCUCGGCCAGAACCAGCCGUUUGUUCUCCCACACUUCAACAACACCCUGCACGGUCUGAAACAGGAAAUGGACUCCAAGGAGCUUUCCAAGACAGUGGCUGAGUCUAUGGGUCUGUAUAUGAACGCUGCCAGGGAGGCGGACUUUGCUUUUAGCCAUCAUGGAGGCAGCACAAGCCCAGGGAAACCUUAUCCGCGAUGUGGGCGCUCGCUGGACGAGAACCAGUGCGGCUCCAAAAAGAGCCCAAACUUGAAGCCAUUUGGUUUUCAACAGCCAGGCGCCACUCCCAGGGAAUGCAUCACCGGGACUUCAACAGGCUCAGCCUCAAUGCUGGCGUCCUCCCUGUCCUGCAGUCCACAAACCUCCAGCUGCAUUUCCAGCCCUGGAGGCAGUAACAACAUGGUGUCAUCUACAACCAGCCCUACAUGCUUCGGACCACUAUGCUCAUCUGUCAGCAGCCCUGGAAGCCAGACGUUGUGUGCUGCAACUUUAGCCAACAUCAAAUGCAGGAAUUCAGUCACAUGUAGCCCUGUGGAGUCCAGCACAGUUGGAUCACCCCCACUGACCAGUCCACUUAAUGUUAUGAGGUCCCCCAUGUCCAGCCCGCAUAGCAUGAGUAGUGUGAGAUCCCCUCCAUCCUGCAGCACCACAUGCAACAUUAGGUCGUCUGUUUCCAGCCCCACGGGUGGCAGCUGCACUGCCACUGCUAAUAACAGUAACACAGCAAGGCUGUCCCUCUCCAGUCCCUCCUCAGGGGGCCCUAUGGCUGCCAGCAGCCCUCAGAACCCCUCGUCUGUCAGCUUCCCUGUGUCUAGUCCGGCUGGCGGGCUCGGUCUGGUUCAGAACGACACCAACAGUCCAGAAGCAGAAGGGAUGACCAGAGACACAGAUUUCAAGGACUUUGAGUUCCCUAAAGUAGAAAUGGUGGACGGGGAGGUAUUCAGUGUUGGGUUGGACCAGAUGGGCAUGGUUAAGUACAUUAAGAAUGAACCUGAAUCGGACUUCAGGAGCAUGUGUUUAGGCAGCUCCAAAUGUAAUGUGAGCAGCACACCUUUAAUUACACAGAUUAAGAGUGAGCCAAACAAAAACGAGGGCUGCAUGAACCAACAGCCCUACGGUGAGCCGUCGCCUUCUCUUGGUCUCUUCCCUGCAUCCGAGACCACCUAUUUGUCCCUGAGAAAUAACAUCGAUGAGUACAGUCUCUCUGGGAUCUUAGGGCCCCCAGUCUCCUCUGUAAAUGGGAGCUAUGAGACAGACCUCUUCUCCAGCAGCGUCCUGUCUAAAGGGGUCAAGCAGGAGCCCACUGAUGGCAGCUAUUACCAAGAGAAUAACAGCAUGUCCACCUCCGCCAUUGUUGGAGUUAAUUCCGGGGGACACUCAUUCCAUUACCAGAUUGGAGCGCAAGGAACAAUGUCCUUUACACGGCAUGACAUGAGAGACCCGUCCAACCCUCUGCUGAAUCUAAUUUCACCCGUAACGGCGUUAAUGGAGUCUUGGAAAUCUCGGCCAGGGAUUUCACAGGGUUCGCUGUCCGCCAGGAAUGAGGGCUUCUCAGGCCAGAACUGCAUCGCCGAAGGCAUGUCCAGGUAA